UUUCUGUUGGUUUGUUUUUCUGUCAGAUCGUGGGAAAGAUGGGCGGAGAAGCCAUGUCCCACCUCAACAGCUCCUCAGGAAGUGUUGAGCCCUCCCUGUACUACCCUGGCCAGAAACGACCCGGAGAGGAUGGCGUUGGUAACCAGCUAGCAGCCAUGGGGCAUCAAAGCAGAGUAAUCACAGAGGAUUACAAGGUCCCUGACAGAAUGGUGGGGUUCAUUAUCGGUAGAGGAGGUGAACAAAUCACCAGGAUCCAGUUGGAAUCUGGCUGCAAGAUCCAGAUCGCUGCUGACAGCGGUGGUUUGAUGGAGCGACCAUGUUCCCUGACUGGAACUCCUGAGAGCAUUGAGCAGGCAAAGAGGCUUCUGGUCCAGAUAGUGGAUCGCUGUAGAAAUGGUCCUGGUUUUCAUGGCGACGGGGAAGGAGGGGCGUCUGUGCAGGAGAUGCUCAUCCCAGCCAGCAAGGUGGGGCUGGUGAUCGGCCGAGGAGGAGACACCAUCAAGCAGCUUCAGGAGCGAGCUGGGGUGAAGAUGAUGAUGAUCCAGGACGGUCCGAUGCCAACAGGAGCAGAUAAACCUCUCCGCAUCUCUGGUGAUCCAUACAAAGUGCAGGUAAAAAAGCAUGUUUGGUCCCUCAAGCUCUUUCUCUCCUCGGCACGUUGAUACCUGCUCUAAACA